UUCAAUAGAAUAGCAUUCGGCAUUCCCAACAGUUACAUUCGUCCAAUUAGACAGAUUACUGCAGUCUCGUCAGGCUUUGACUCGAGUAACACUGUCUUUCACUUUCCAAGUUAUCCUCCCCCCUCCCCGCAUCGUUCUAGACACGGCCCCUCCCCGGUCCGGAUUACCCAUCCCGACAUAAUGGCCGAUUCCGGCACCGGCACUUACACCACGGCCUCGGCUUCGGACAUCAUUACCUAUAUCGGCGUCCCUCUCGCCGUCCUCGGUGUCCUCCCCAUUCUCUACAAUACCAUCGCAACCCUGGCCGCCCGCUCGCGCAUCCGCCGCAUGCUCCGCCAUGCCCGCCUAACCGCCCUGACACGCUCCGACGUCGUGAACCGCGUCAUCGAGGUCGACCUCCCGCGCUACGCUGUGACGCCCUGGGACCGCUUCGACCACCGCGAGGAGUAUUGGUCCCUUGCCAGGUACCCCUCGUCCAUACCCGGCGGGACCUGGACGACGUUCAAUUGGCGGACGAACACCAUCGGCCUCAAGACGCAGAGAGUCGAGUAUGCCGACCAGCUGCGCCAACCCCAGGUCGAAGUGAGCUUCGAGGAGCUGGUUUCCUAUCUCCUGGACCUCGGUGCCGUCCCUGACGCUCAUGGCUGGAGACUUCUGAGAAGCACCGGCCUAUGGACUCCCAUCGGCUGUACUCUGAUGCAGAGCCCGGAUGGCCAACACAAGGCCCUUACCAUCGCGCCCCUCGACGACUCGGACGGCCACCUCUCGCUGUCCGUCAUGUGGUCCUCCCACUGGACCACCAGAAGCCACGAGUCCCUCCCCCCAUACUGGGUCCGUCUCCCUCCGCCUCCCGAGACCGUCACCGCGACCACAGCGGAAGACCACCCCGAUGCCCUGGAUGACAUCAAGCAGAGCCCGCUGUCCCAGAAAUCCUCCCUCUCCAGCAUAUCCCGCGCCGUCCGCACCGCCGCGAGCGCGCCUAUCGCCUGCAAAAUCUCCUCCCAUGGCCUCAUCAGCGCCCACCCCGAGGCCGACGACAACGCCCGCCCCGCCACGCCCCUGCACAUCGACCACGUCCGCAUCCGGCCGGGUCCCUCCGCCCCCACGGCGGGCGUGUGGUUCGCGAGCGCCGCCACGGCCUACGGUACCUCGAGCACCACCGUCCUGUGGAACUACCGCAUCCCGGACGACGUUUUGGCCUUUGCGCGCGGCUCCUCCGUGCCCUGCGGCGUGCUCGAGCUCCUCGGUAUCGCCGACGCCUCCCAGACGCCCGAGUGGGCCACCUGCCACGACGACAUGAGGGACAACCUCGACCUCGUGGGCCGCAGGAUGCGCGAGCAGCGGAACGCCAUCGCCGCCGAGUCGAGGCUGGCGCCCAAGGAGAAGGAGCAGGCGGUCCGGGACCGUAUGCGCAAGGAGUCGGAGCAGCGCCUCGAUGACCUCCGAGACAAGAUGCGCCUCGACGCCCAGCGCCGCGACCUGCGCACCCACGAGGCCAUCCAGUCGCCCAAGUGGGACGCCGCCCUCGUGGCCUCGCACGCCCUCCCCUGGCUCCGGCAGCACGGCCACCUACCCUCUUCCUCCGACGACACAAUGGCGACGGAAACCUCCCGCGCCGUCGUCGGCGGCCUGCUUCACCGCAUGCUCCUCGAUGGCGCCUUCGCGGACGACUUGGCUUCCGUGCUGGGCGCGUGGAAGGCGUGGGCCGACAACGGCGGCAUGCGCAAGUCGGACCUCGAGGCGCUGCGGGAGGCGCGGACGAGCUUCGCGCUCGCGAGCCUGCUGGUCGCCGUGAUCCGGGAUGCCGGCGUCGCGACCGAGGGGGGCCUGGCCGUGGAUCUGCAGGAGUGUCUGGGCAUGUGGCGGCAGGUGAGGUUGGGGUAGAUAGACGAGGUUGUGCAUGAUGGAUGAUCCCCCCUUUCCUGCUGUUGCUUGACCAACGGACUGAGUGGCGGGGAUGUGUAAAGAUCACCGUACAAACCAAAGAAGUGACAAGCAGAUGUAAAUUCCGCCCAUCUCAUAGGCACGCGGUCCUAUUACCCGUUUAAAAAACUAAAAAAAUUAAAAUAAAAAGAAUAACCCGCUUACCAGCUUGGUGGUCCCAUCCAUCCAUCCAUCCAUCCAUUCUUAAUACCCCGUAUCCCAAUCCUUCAGGGGGUAAUCAAAUGCCGUUUCCAACUCCGUCGCUCUGAAUGCAGGCCCAUCCGGAACUCCCCAAUACCCAUACCAUUCAUUAGUUCUCCUUCGGCAUGACGCC